UAUUUGGCAACAGCAAUGAAUUUUGCAGCUCGAAAGCUCUAUUUCUCUCUCCUGAUUUUCUCUCUCUUCCCCCUCUCUCUCUGCGUCCGUCCCUUCAUCCUCGUUCUCUCGCAAGACGAUCUCCUAAACACCCCUACCUCGCCCGAGGACUCGCCGCCCGCCGCCGACUCAGCUCCAAAUGAGUCGCCGGACUGGGACGAGUUUGGCGACUCCGACGCUGCGCAGUCAGAAGAGGAGCUCGACCCGGGAUCCUGGCGCCCAAUCUUCGAACCCGACCCCUUUAAGGCCGACCCGGCUACCCACCCCGACGACGGAUACUACUCCACCGUAUCCAAAUUAAUAAAGUCCGUUAGCUCCGGUGACACCGCGCUCAUGGACGCCGCCGUUUCGGAGAUCGAGGACUCGGCUUCCCGCGGCCUCCCUCACGCGCGGUCCGUUCUGGGGUUUCUGUACGGUACGGGCCAGAUGAGGAAGCAGAACAAGGCCAAGGCUUUCACGUACCAUUACUUCGCCGCUAAGGCCGGCAACAUGCAGUCGAAGAUGGCCCUCGCGUAUACUUACUUCAGGCAAGAUAUGUUUGAUAAAGCGGUGAAAUUGUACUCGGAAUUGGCCGAGGCAGCUGUGAAUAGCUUCCUGAUUUCGAGGGACUCAGCAUCGAUCGAGGCGGUGAGGAUCCACAGCGGAGCGGAGGAGAACAAGGAGGCAUUGAGGAAGAGCCGCGGCGAAGAAGACGAGGACUUUCAGAUUUUGGAGUACCAAGCUCAAAAGGGAAACUCUGCGGCAAUGUAUAAGGUGGGCCUGUUUUACUAUUUCGGGCUGAGAGGGUUGCGCCGCGACCACGCCAAGGCGUUGUCGUGGUUUCUGAAGGCGUUGGAGAAGGGAGAGCCUCGGGCGAUGGAGCUCCUCGGAGAGAUUUAUGCUAGGGGAGCUGGAGUUGAGAGGAAUUACACCAAGGCUUUGGAGUGGCUUACACUUGCAGCCAAACAGGAUCACUAUUCGGCAUAUAACGGGAUGGGGUAUUUGUAUGUUAAAGGAUAUGGAGUGGAGAAGAAGAACUACACUAAAGCAAAGGAGUAUUUUGAGAAAGCUGCUGAUAAUCAAGACGGUGGCGGGCACUAUAACCUAGGAGUAAUGUAUCUCAAAGGAAUUGGGGUAAAGAGAGAUGUUAAACUUGCAUGUCAAUACUUCAUCUUUGCUGCGAAUGCUGGUCAACCCAAGGCAUUCUACCAGCUAGGGAAGAUGUUUCAUACAGGAGUCGGGCUUAAGAAGAAUCUUCCACGGGCCAUUGCAUUAUACAAAUUAGUUGCAGAAAGGGGACCGUGGAGCUCGUUGUCUCGAUGGGCACUUGAAUCAUACUUAAGAGGGGACGUAGGCAAGGCAUUUUUCUUGUAUUCAAGGAUGGCUGAGUUAGGCUAUGAGGUAGCGCAGAGUAACGCUGCAUGGAUUCUUGACAAAUAUGGAGAGCGAAGCAUGUGCAUGGGAGAAUCUGGUUUGUGCACUAAUGCAGAAAGGCAUCAGCGGGCACAUUCAUUAUGGUGGCAAGCAUCUGAGCAGGGUAAUGAACACGCUGCUUUGCUGAUUGGGGAUGCGUAUUACUAUGGUCAGGGUACUGAGAGGGAUUAUGAACGAGCGGCAGAGGCUUACAAGCAUGCCAGGUCCCAGUCUAACGCCCAAGCCAUGUUCAACCUUGGUUACAUGCAUGAGCAUGGACAAGGGCUGCCUUUGGAUCUUCAUCUUGCAAAGCGUUACUAUGAUCAAGCCCUAGAAAUUGAUUCGGCAGCAAAGUUGCCUGUCACGCUAGCCCUCACAAGCUUAUGGAUACGAAAAAAUUAUGCCGACGGUUUCCUGGUACAUAUAAUCGAUUCAUUGCCUGAAGCCUAUCCCAAGGUUGAAGAAUGGGUAGAUACCGUGCUACUUGAUGAAGGGAACGCAACGAUAUUGACUCUUUUUGUUUGCCUCCUUACUGUCUUAUUUCUACGUGAGCGACAACGCAGGCAUGCUGUUGCUGCCCCUGAUGCGAUGGCUGCACUGCACCACCCGAAUGAGCAUGUUGCGCCACCCAUGUAGUUUAGCUGGCAACAUUGGUCUUUCAAGAACGACAGGGCUCUUCCAUCGUUGAUGAACAAACCCUUACAUCUAGGAUACAAUGUACAGGUAUCUAAUGCCCGGUAAAUUGAUGCGGAGAUGAGGUUUCGAUGUUUUGGGACAAAUUGUACCAUGGAGACUUGAGCACGUAGGAAACGAAGAUGCGUUUGCCUUUUAACGUACUUCCCGUGAUAAAUUGAGGAGGAUAUUGACAUAUUUUUGCCGAAUGACCAAAAUGAUUUACAGUA